CGGACUGUCAUUUGUUUAACCGCAGAACGGACUGUAUUAUACUACGAAGCGUUUCUAAAACUUUGCAAUAAAGUUCAGAAUGGUAUGAAAUACUGGUAAACAAAAACGAAGUUCAGGCAAUUUAGGAUGAGCAGUGUUUUGUACCGUAGAGUGUUUUUCCGGAUCGUGGGUGCCUCUGUAGGUUAUGUCGCCGCCGCACAGAUGUAUGCAUCAUACAAAAUGAACUAUGGCCGUGAAAUUAAUUACACAAGUCGCUGGUAUGACGAACUUUCUACUGAGGAAAAAGAAAAGGUUAUAAAGUCCCGCACCAACAUUGUGCAGGUUUUAAGAAACCUUUAUGAGAUGAAGGAAAUUUCUAACAAAAAAGAUGUAUUUGUGGAAAAUGCAAUUGCUGAAGAUCCAUAUAUGACAAUGGUGGGGCGAGAAGAAAUAUUAAAGUGUUUUUCAUUGAUGCCAAUCGUUUUUAAUGAAGUGAAGACUGAAAAGUUUGAAGUCCAGCAUAUGCCAAAAGAAAUUCACAUUUCACAGCAAAGAUCUUUAAAGUUUAAAACACCAGCUGUAACACAAGAACGUUCCGGAACGUUGGUUGUUAAGUUAUCCGAAACAAACGGCGAGGAAAAAGUUGCAUCUAUUUUCGAUUGCUGGAACAAUCGGCCUGUAAUUGGGCCAAAGAACAGUUCUCUUUUUGGCUAUCCAAUUUACAUGAUGCGUAGAGUAAAUACUUUGUACAUGAUGAUAAUAUGUCCUUUAACUACAACAGGAGAUGUUUUAUACGAUUCCACUAUCGGUGUCAAAAAUUUUAUGUUCAAUGAUUCAGAGACGGAAUCAAGUGACCAAAAAUUGCUUGAAACUCCAAAGCCAAGAACUGUGUGAUUACCUUAAAAUGAAGUAUUUAUGUUUAAAAUUAAUUUCUUAUUGUUGAUUUUUGGCAUAUUCUUAAUACCAACUUUAGUUAUUAUGCUAUUGCUAUAAAUCCUAUUUUUAGACGGACACACCUAGCAGUUUUUUUCAGCUAAGAAUAUGUCACAACUAAUAUAUCGAAAACUGAGAGGUCCUGCUUAUAUUAUCUUGAUUGUGAUAGUCUUACGCAUUUUCUACUACCUACUUUCAUCUGGUGAGACUGUGCAAGUAGUACCAGACAAAGCAAGCAUGACUCAAAAACAACUGGUUUUCACUAAAAGACGACCAGUUUUCACUGAAAAACAACCGGUUUUUACUCGAAAACAACCGGAUUUCACUAAAAAACAACCGGUUUUUACUCAAAAACAACCGGUUUUCACUCAAAAACAUCUUAAACACAGACUAAAAAACAACCAGUUUCUACCACAAGUACAUCUUGCAAGGUCAACAUCCCCAAAAAAAUCACCCGCUACUAGCACUGCUAACCAAAAUUAUACUGGACUAUACAAACCAGUCUGGUCAUCUUUGGAUUCUCGACCGUUACCGCAGUGGUUUGAUAAUGCAAAAUUUGGAAUUUUUAUUCAUUGGGGUGUGUAUUCAGUACCCAGUUUCUAUAAUGAAUGGUUCUGGUGGUACUGGAAAGGACCUGAACCCAAAAGUUCGAUAAAGGAAUUCAUGAAAAAGAAUUACCCAUCUGUAACCAGUUAUACCGAGUUUGAAAUUAAUUUUACAGCUUCCAAUUUUAAACCAGAUGAUUGGGCUGAGCUCUUCCAUGAAUCUGGGGCAAAGUAUGUCGUUUUCACAACCAAACACCAUGAAGGAUUCGCCAAUUGGCCAUCGAAGGUAGGUGGCCAUCGAAACUCCCAACAGCGCGGUCCACACCAGGACUUGGUCGCUGCAUUAUCAACUGCAGUUAGAAAUAAGAAUCUUGCAUUUGGAGUUUACUAUUCACUUUAUGAGUGGUUCAGCAGGGAAUACAACGCAGACAAAUCAAACCAUUUCGAAAGCAAUAAAUUUGUAAAGAACAAAGUCUCUCCUCAGUUACAUGAACUUAUAGAAACAUACAAGCCUGACAUUUUGUUUUCCGAUGGUGAUUUUGGUCCAACAAGCUAUUGGAACACAACUAAUUUUCUUGCUUGGUUAUAUAAUGAUAGCCCAGUCAAGAAUCGCAUAGUCACGAACGACAGAUGGGGAACAGAGGUUCAGAAUCUUCAUGGUGACUACUUUUCUCCUUUCCAUGAACCAGUGGAGACCCCCCAGCAUAAAUGGGAAAUGUGUGUGACUUUGGACAAGCAAUCGUGGGGUUAUAGAAGAGGCAUGAAGGAUGCUGAUGUCUUAACCACUCAGGAAGUGUUAGAAGGUAUGAUACGCGCGAUUAGCAAAGGAGGCAACUAUAUGUUGAACAUUGGCCCAACUGCUGAAGGUAUGAUUCCCACUAUAUUUAGGCAACGCCUUGCAAGUAUUGGAAAGUGGUUGAAGAUAAACGGUGAAGGAAUUUAUGAAACUCAUCCAUGGAAAGUUCAGAAUGAGAGUAACAAUGUGUGGUACACGAUGAAAAAGAGAAAUAUUUACGCUUUUGUUUUAAGGCAACCAGAACAAAAUUCGCUACUGCUUUCAUUUCCAAAGCCUUUGGAAGCUGCAAAAAUAGUCUUGCUUGAAACUAACACAACGUUGAAAUGGACAGACCACUCUGAAGCUAGUUAUGGUUGUGUAGUUUUGUUGCCAAAGGAAAUUAAUGUCCCCUUUACGCUAAGGCUGGAAAAUUUUAACUGAAUAUUGCAAUACAUUCUCGGAAUUAAAGUAGGGUGGUUUCUAAUUGUGUGAAAUAUAUAUAUUGCUUUUUUACUACUAAUAUUGCAGUACUGAUUUUUUUACAAUUCAACUUAUUUUGCCAGAAUUUAAAUUAUUUCUGUUGUUCUGUACCACCUGUGUUUUACGUUGUUACUUUUUUUUUUAUAUUAUGACUUAUUUUGUUGCGUUCGUACUAAACGGUGGCUUUUGCACUUAAAUCAUCACCAU